AUGGUUUCACAAGUUUUGAGUGCCUCCUCUAUUUCAAGUCAAUUGUCUGCUAUUGAAAUUUUGACUGAAAAUAAUUAUGUGAGAUGGAAAAGAGAUGUAGAAAUUGCGCUUGGUCUUUUGGAUUUGGAUUUUGCCUUGGAAGAGCAGCCUUCAAAACCUACUGAUAAGAGCACUGCUGAAUAUGUGGUUGAGUAUCAAAAGUGGGAAAGAGCUAACAUGCUUUGUUUAAAAAUCAUCAAAAGUUCUAUAUCUGAUUCCAUUAUGGGAGCUAUUCCGGACAAUGACAAUGCUAAGAACUUUUUGGGUGCCAUAGGACAAAAGUUUAUUGAAUCUGAUAAAGCUGAAACUGGAGACCUGAUGGAUAGACUGAUGAGUAUGAAAUAUGAUGGUUCAAGUGGAGUUAGGGAAUACAUUAUGAAGAUGAUACAUAUAUCCUCCAAACUAGAAGCCCUUAAAAUUCCCCUUGCAGAGCCUUUUCUAGUUUAUCAUGUUCUCAAUAGCCUUCCUAGCCAGUUCAAUCAGUUAAAGGUUGCUUAUAAUGCUCAGCGGGAUAAAUGA